AUGACCAUCUUCCCGUCGACUUUAUCCCGCUUCACCACUAUCAGUAUAUUGCCGACAUUGUCAAACAUGGAGCUGAGUAGUAUGACGGAGAGACAGCGCGAGUUGUAUGACCAAGUCAAGAACGCGGAUGGAGAGCUCAAAUUGGAUGGGAAUCGGAUUGGCGAGGCUGGAGCACAGGCGAUUGCUGAGGCACUCAAAAUGAACACGACGCUGACCCAGCUCGAUCUGCAACUGAAUCAGAUUGGCGAUGAGGGUGCGCAGGCAAUUGCAGAGGCACUCAGAGCGAACACGACAUUGACUUGGCUCAAGCUGAGUUACAACCAGAUCGGCGAUGCUGGAGCGCAGGCGAUUGCUGAGGCACUCAAAGUAAACAAAAGGAUGACUUUGCUCUUCCUUCACUAUAAUUGCAUUGACAUUUUUGGUUCUCAAGCGAUCGAUAAGGCAUGUCAAGACAAACGCAAAUUUCGGCUAGACCUCCGCGAUCAGAUCAACCCUCUUGCAUUCUCCUUACUUCCACGAUUGGCGAGUGCUGGAGACAGUCACACCGUGUUUGGCAUGCUGACCAGCGGGUUGGAGCUGGAGAAUCAGCCCGCAUGUUUACCUUUACUACCAACCGAGAUUGCCGAGCUCAUUAUGGACAAGGCGCAUUACUGGCAAGGCGUGCAGAAUACCAAUCGAUUGUGGACUGACGAGAGACCCAGUUCUCUCAAAGUCAGACUGCCUCAAGGAGAUUUAAUCCGUGUGAAAGCAAUUCAAGUUCUUCGUGACUGGAAGCGUCCCAAUAACAUCGGUGACUGUGCUUUCGAUUUGACUGUCCGAGAUGAAAAAGGUGCUGUUCAGUACGAAUGUGCUGUGCACCCGACUUUCGUCAAUUGGAACCUUGCACUUGCGACAAUCUGGCCAGCGAGUCAUCCCAUCGUCCGACAAAUGCGCGAGGGCUGGGAAGUUCAAAUUCGACCCAGCAAGUUUGCUCGAGAUGUGAUAUUUGAAUCGCUUUAUGUCGGAUAUGUCGACCGACAGUGA